UUUUUUAUUUCCUUUUUUUUUUAACCUCUGCUUUCUUCAUUCCUCCCUCUGCCUCUCUCUUCUCUGUCUCUCUCUUUUCUCUACGACUUUGGCGUGUCAAGCCUAUUUAUUUAUUCAUGCAUGUGAUUUGAAAGUGCCCUAGCUUUAUUGCUAUUUUAAUGGUGUUGUUUUUACUUAGCUGCCCCUUCCAAUGAGAAGACGUAAAAGAUGGAGCUUCACAUUUUAGAGCACAGCUUGAAAGUGGCGAGUAUAGAGAAAGAGGGCAUCCAGAUUUGCACCCAUGGAUUAAUAAAACUCGCCUUCCUGGCCUCCAAAACAAGGUGCAAGUUUUUCAGCUUGACAGAGACUCCAGAGGACUACACCAUCAUCGUGGACGAGGAGGGCUUUAAAGAGCUGCCAGAGUCGGAGCACAUCAGCGUAGCCGAUGCCACGUGGUUGGCGCUCAACGUGGUGUCGGGCGGCGGCAACGCCUCCAACUCGCAGCCCAUCGGCGUUACCAAGAUAGCAAAGUCGGUCAUCGCACCGCUGGCCGACCACAACAUCUCUGUAUUCAUGCUGUCCACGUAUCAGACGGACUUCAUCCUGGUCCGUGAGCGAGACCUGCCGAUGGUCAUGCACACUCUGUCUUCCGAAUUCACUUUACUGCGGGUGAUCAAUGGAGAGACAGUCGCCGCACACGAUCUGGGAGUGACAAAUGGCUUCGUGAAGCCAAAACUCGUCCCCCGUCCUAUUAUUCACCCGCUGUCCAGCCCCAGCAACAUGUUCUGUGUGACCAGCUUAGACCCGGACACACUUCCCUCAGUCGCCACCCUCCUCAUGGACGUCAUGUUCUACUCUGCUGGGCCGAAGGAAUCGGGAGCAUCUGGCGAGGACGCCAGCCACAUCCGCUUCUUCUCCUUUUCCCUGAUCGAAGGCUACAUCUCUUUAGUCAUGGACGAACAGACCACUCAGAGGUUUCCAAACAACGUCCUCUUCACCAGCGCUUCUGGCGAGCUUUGGAAAAUGGUUCGUAUCGGGGGACAACCUUUAGGAUUCGACGAAUGCGGCAUCGUGGCUCAGAUAUCAGAACCCCUGGCCACCGCCGACAUCCCGGCUUACUACAUUAGUACUUUCAAGUUCGACCACGCUCUGGUUCCCGAAGAAAACAUCCAGAGCGUGAUCGGAGCGCUGAGGACGGAGAGCGCGGCGUAGCGAACACGGCAGAAACUGAAGGCUUUUAUCAUUUCCAAACAAGUGCCAAGAGUUUCUUAGCGGACUACUGAGGAGCGGCUCCGAAAGGAAGGCUUUAGCCACAAAAAGGGCGGGAAUGUUUUCUCCUAUUGUCGCUCGCCCAUCUUUUUUUUUCUUUCUUCUCUCUAGCGCCCUGAUAGUCGUGGCUUUAGUCGAGCAGACUGUCCUCUCCGAAGCCCUCACAUGCACCUACUGUGUUAUCACAUGCUCCCUCUAGUGGAAGGAAGACGAAUGUACUCUCGAAAGAAAUAUUAAAAAGUCGCUUUUUUUUUUUUUCGGACCCGUUAUUUUUUGUCAGUGCCAAGGUUGUUUUUUUUGUUAUUUUUGUUUUGAUUGAAUGCCGAAAGUGAUGACGAUGCCUUUUUUUUGUUGUUGUUGUGCAAUGGACGGAGGGGCCAGCGCUUGGCGUUCCGCCGGGGCCUCGCCACGCUCGUUCCGGUGAAAACGUGAAGUUAAACCAUCCCAAGGUGGCAUCAGAGCCGUAACUCAUGACUACUUUACGGUUGUAAAGUGAUUGCCGGGUGGAAUAAACGCGGUUGCGGCUCUGAGGCGCCCACUUUUGUCAGGAUCUCUGCGUGUUUUGAUGCGCUCACACUGUGAACAACAAGUCACUCCCCCAUCGGAAGAUUUUAUCGCAAACUCUUGUAUUCCGUCUGCGAUUGAAUUAUGUAGCAUUAAUCCGCAUGGUGACUACUUGAUGUAGAAAGAAACAUUCUGCAAUUUACAUUCUUUUUUUUGGUUUUUUCGUGUUAAAGGUAAUGUAACUCAAGCUAACUAUUUUUUCCGAUUUGUUAAGCGAUUUUUUUGUUUUUGUUUGUUUUUUCACCCAUGGAAUAUUUGUCUGAGAUGAGUUAAAACAUUAAACUUUCUCAUCUCUCGUGCAGUAUUGUCGACACCGCCAUCAAAUUGAGCUGUUUUACCGUUAAGCAGCGCGUUAGCAUGCCAACACUGAUGUGUCACGCUAAUAAAAAUGGGUGUGCUAACGUAUUUUAGGGAUGAUUAGAAAUUGUAAGUCGCUUGUUGCGAUUUAGCCACUUAAAUUGUAUUUUGUUCUGGAUUAAAUUGUCUUGAAAUGAGCACAUUCUUCUUCUUGGGUAAAAUGUAUGUUCAAACAUUUUAAAAUUUUUGUUUUGUUUUUAUCUCGGCGGAAAAUUCGGCCGGUCAGAUUAUUAAUGAUCUUAAAUUCUGCCAACAAUUGAAUGCCUAAAAAUGUAUUCAGUAGAUUGCGAUUAUUUAUUUUCCCGUCAGAAUGUUACAAGUAUGCUAUUUGCGCUUAAAUAGAGAAUCUGAAAUGCCUAACUUAAGCUGCUCCCAACACUUAAAUGUUUGUUGAGCAACAGCGAUAAUCAUUUUUAGUAACCCAACAUCGACAAGUGACAAAAAAGAGCAUUAGCAUGCCAUCACUCACAUGCAACUUGUCAAUAAACAACUACGUGCUAACAGUUGAAAUACAUUGUUAGCAUAACACAUUUACACUAGCUAAGGUUAAAAAAAUGUGUAAUUAUAAUUAAGUCACUUGAGUUUUCUGUUUUUGUUAGUCAUGAAGUAAGCACAUUUCUUGGGUAAAAAAAUGUAUUCUCAAAAACAAUAUAUUUAGGUUGGAGCAGUCCAGGAAAAUUUGUAAAUUGAAAUUGAUCAGCUUAUAAAAUAAUUAGUUGCAACAAUAAAAAGUCAAGUUUGCGCCUAUUUAUUUUCAUGGCAAAAAGUUGGGCUCGUAUUAAAUUUGCUCCUUUUAAUAAAAGCAUUAGCUCAACUGGGAAAAAAAAAGAAGUAAGCCUAGUUUUUGCAGCUGCAGCUAUAAUAUCCUAUUUGUUACGCUGAAGUCUUUAGUUACGCCACGUCGACGAUUGGCAACGUUUUAAGUGUUCUGUCGGACGUUGCUCACAGUGUGACCUGUGGCGGCGAGGCCUCUUUCAAUGCGAUGAUGUCGUUGUUUGCAUGUUAAAGUAAAGUAUUACUGAGCCACUUUGGACCAUGUGACUAGAAUCAUGAGCGUGCCCAAUUAAUAAGCUAACACUCACACGGGAGGAAGGGUGGAAAGCCCCCUGCCCCCGUCUGCACUUUAAUGCAGGGACCCCCCAUCCCCCCCUUCAAUCCCGACAGGCCUGCUGUACUGACGUGAAAACAGGCUAAAGAUUUGAGCAAGAAUGGGAGACGAUUAUUAGUCUUAAGCAUUUGAUGAGGUUUAUUUUAUUUUAUUUGACCUUGUUGAAUUUGACUUUCUUCACCACAAUUUUGCACCCAACAACCUUUCUUCUUGUCAGACCCCAUUAGUCGCAACACAGUUGUCAGUGUUAAAAUACGAAGGUGACAUUUCUACUGAUUUUGUUGUUUCCAUUUCAAACCAUUUAGCUUUUGAUUUAUAGCUUUGUGAGUGUUAGUGUGAGUGUGAGGAUGACUACAAUAAAAACCAGCUUUUUGUUUUGAAUUCUUUUUUUUUUGCGCUAUGAGUUGUGUGUCAUUGGUAUGGUCUUUGCUCACCAAAGGGGAUUGGUUGUCUUCAUUAUCUGUUCCUAAUGUGUACUUUUAUCAAUAAACUGGUGACAUGGCGACCUCAA